AUGCUUGAAAUCGUUGAAACAAUUGUAAUUCCAUUUGGUUUAAAAAUUAAUAUAUUACUAGUGUUGUUUAGUAUUAGUUUAUGGCAAACAUUAUACUGCAUUUUACGAAGUUGUUUACCAAGCAAAUCUCCAGAAUGGUCAUGUAGACUUGUAUCUAUCAUCCAUGGAGCAAUUGCUGGAAUAAUUGGAAUGCAACAAUGUUUUGGAAAUCCUUGCCCUUUGCUUAUUAAAAAUCAGCCUAGUACAAAUGUACAAAGGCUUCUUUUAGCAGGGAGUGCAGGAUACUUCAUACAUGAUUUACUAUGGUGUUUAGUAUAUAAAACGGAAUCGUUUUUAAUGCUUUGUCAUCAUAUAUUUAGUUUAAGUGCACUAAUACGUUUGUUUUCGCGGUCAACAUCAGGAGCUCAAGCAUGUUGUGCUCUAGGAGGGGCAGAAAUUACUAAUCCAUUACUUCAGUUAAGAUGGUUCUUAAGAUACGCCGGCCAUAGGGAAAGUAUUAUUUUUAUGAUAGCAGAAUGUCUAUUUAGCCUCUUAUUUUUUAUGGUCCGAAUUUUAUGUGGAACAUUAGUUAUGAUAGUGGUAAAAACCGAUUGGGAAAUAUGGUUGAUGUACUUAAUUCUGUAUUUAAUUUCAUGGUUGUUUAUGUUUAAUAUAAUCACAUACUUCAGAAAACGUAUAAUGAAUGUUCACAAUCCUCCCGAACACAUGGCUCAGGUUGAUAGUUGACUUUUUUUCAAGCAUAGU